AUGUCUUUUGUUGAUCAAUUACCAGCUGAAUUGAAGACUGAUAUUUUGAGAAUAUCAGAACUAUCAAUAGAAACAAAUGAUGAGGCAUUGAAAGUGUUUCAAGAUUUAUACGAUUUUUUAACAACAGAUUCCAACAAAAAGAGAAAAGUUCCACAACAACAACAAGAUGAUGAUGAUAAAGAUAUUUAUGAAGUUGAUUCAAUAGAUCCUGGUACUAUAAUAUUUCAAAUAAAGGAAUUAUCAUUCCAAUCUCCAUUAAGAAAGAAGCUAAAUCUAACGUUUUCUAUAUCUCCAAUAACCCAAAAACCAAUUCUUUCUAUUGGAAAAUCAAAUCAAGAUAAACCAGAUUUAGUUAUUGAUGAAUUAAAUAAUAAAAACAUUAAAUUUUCAACAUUUUUACCAGUACCAGAAAAGAAAAAUUUGUUAUAUUUUGUUAUAUUUUAUGAAAAAAAUUUAGGUGAUUCUUUUAAUAAUGAACCUAUUGUAUUGACAUUAAAUCAAGAUCAAGUUAAUAAACAAUUGAUUAGUGAAAAAAUUAUCAAAGAGAAUGAUGAUUUCAAAAUUUAUAUUCAACGUCAAGCUGCUGUUUCAGGGUUCAAAAUCGUUGAUACAUUCCAAAAUGGAUUGAAUUCAUUUUUCGUUUCAGCUCAUAGAGGUACAAAAGAAGGUCUAUUAUAUUUCUUACCAAAUCAUAUAUUAUUUGGUUUUAAAAAACCAAUUUUAUUAUUUGAUUCCCAAAAUAUUGAUUCAAUUUCAUAUUCAUCAAUUACAAGAGUUACAUUCAAUGUUACAUUAGUCUUAAAAGAUGGUGAAAAAUUUGAAUUCAGUAUGAUUGAUCAAAGUGAUUUUGCAAAUAUUGAUAAUUAUAUCAAGAAUAAAGAAGUUCAAGAUAGAUCAAUGAGUGAUGAAUUGAAAGCUAAAAAACUUACAAAGAAUCAAGAUGCAUUUGCAUUAGCAGAAGCUGAAGGUCAAUUACCUGAAGGCGUUGAAGGUGUCGACGACAUUCCACAUGAAGAGGAUGACGAUGAUGAAAAUGAUGAAACUUUCCAAGGUGGAGCAGAAAUUGAUGAUACUUCAGAUGUUAGUGAUGAAGGUUCAGGUUCAGAAGAUGGUGAAGAGGAAGAUGGGGAAGAAGAUGAAGACGAUGACGAAGAGGGUGAUGAAGAUCAAGAGAUUGAUUUGAACAGUGAUGAUGAUUAG